AUGCAUGUUUCCACUGACCCAGAUGUAGUUGCCCCUGGCGUGUUGGGUUCACUACUGGGUGUUACUGUUGCUGCAUUCAUUGUGUAUGUCGUGUGGACAAGAGUCAAACAAAGAAGACACAAUCCUGGUGAUGAGGCUGUUCAACCUAUUGAUGAAAUAGAACUCACAGUUAUUGGUGUCCGGAUGGGACCAGAGGGCGUUGACUCCAUGGUCUAUGCAGAUACGGGCCUUCCAGAAUGGGCUAGCAAAUGGGAGAUAUUGUGGAGCAAUCUCGUUGUUGAGGAGCAGGUACUCGGCAGAGGCAACUUUGGGGAAGUCAAGAAAGGAACUGUAAAAAAAGAUGGAAAGGAAAUCCAAUCUGCAAUCAAGAUGCUCAAAGGCCAGGCAUCAGACAGGGACCAGAAGGACUUUAUGGAUGAAUUCCGCACCAUGUCAGUCAUCGGCUACCACCUGAAUGUUGUGUCAUUGCUAGGUGCUUGCCAGCAUCAGGAUGUUCUGUAUGUUGCUUUGGAGUUUCUACCCAACGGUGACCUUCAUAGCUACCUCACGGGACUUGUAAACUCCAACACGGCGCACAUUCUGACUUCAACAAAACUAGUGAAGUUUGCUCUGGACGUUGCCAGGGGAAUGAAGCAUCUUUCUGAUUUAGGGGUAUGUGUAUCCCAUUGA